CUCAAACAGCUGCUGUGUUUUCAACUCGUGCAACUUCCGACUUUCGCUUGUUCGUUUGAAAAGAAAAUUAUUUUGGAAAAUGGCGACUUGUUUGGUGCCGGAUUUCCCAACCGUAAGGAUUGCCUUAGAGCACUUGGGCGAGUUAGAUAAACGACUGAGGGAAGAAGGGGUUUCAUUUAGCCAAGAAGCAAGUCACCAUCUGAGAGAGACGGCUGAAGCCAUUAAAGAGCUGGAGUCAUCUAGAAAAUUAGCACGCGAGAAACUUGAAAUUGAAACUAUUGAGACAAGCAAGCUUCGACAUCAAUCAGUGAACCUAGAGGAUGACAUCAGAAGUGAAAUAUCAAAUUUUGUCACUGCAGCUAGAGAAGGCAAUGCUGCAGAGAUGAAUCGACUUCAGUCUGAGCUGAAAGCUGUAGCAGAUGACAUACAGUCCAUGGAGGAGAAGCAACAAUUCCUUGAACAAGAAAACACUGCUCUGAUUCAGGAGAAAGAAAACAUUAAAGGAAACUACGAAGAUGAUGUUGACCAGAUGAAUCAGCAGCUGUCAAACAAAGCUAGUAUACAAAUGAUGGUAACAGAAAAACAGAAUGAGAUUCAGUCAUUGAAGGACAAAAUUGUCCAGGUGAAAGCGGCCCAACAGGACCUAAAAGAAAAUAUGAUUCAGAAGAGUAAAACAUUUGCUGAAAGCAAACAUGCUGUGAAAAUAGAGAUAGAGGAAAUAGUUUUUAAGAUUAAAGAACAAAGAAAAAUCAAUGCAGUAGCACGCAAGGAGCUGGAUAUCUUUAAAUCAGAACUCCAAGACAAGGAGGAGACGAUCACCCAGUGUGAAGAACAUAUAUCCCAGAUGGAGAAAAACAUCGCAAGAAUGGCAGUGUCAGAAAUGAUGUACAAAGAAUGGCUUAAUGAGGAGAAAAGUCAGAAAGAGGAAGCUGAUCAUCAAAAGGAGUCUCAUGAGCGCAAACUUCUUGAACUGGCAGAAGCAAUUGAGCAGAAAGUUCAGGUCCUUCAGGGGCAGAUGGUGGAGAUUGAAAAUGAGAUAAAGGAAGAACAGAAAGUGAAAAGUGCUCUAUCAGAGCCCCUCGCUAAACUGUCAGACAUCUUCAGCACUCAGAGGAAAGAGGAAGAUGACAUGAUUGCUGAACAACACAGUCUGUCCAAACGGUUAGAGGAAAAUAAACUGAGACAUGAGAAAGACGUUAUAUCCAUUGCCAAAUGUAGAUUUGAAAUCAAAAACAUGAAUGAAGAGAUGAGACAGCUUCAUGACGCUAACAUAAUCAACGUAGAUAUGUUCAAAAAAACUCUAGAGGAACUUGACGGAGAGCUGGCCAAACAGAUUAUGAGCAGGGCAUCAGUUGAAGCUGAGAGAGAGAAAAUAGGUCAAUCUCGCAAAACCCUUAAAGAGGAACAUGAGGAGUAUGUAAAGGAGAUCAAUGCAGCCAUCAAACAAACAGAGAAAAGAUAUGAAGAGCUCCUCGAGGAGAAGAAGAAACUCCAGGACCAUAUAUUAUUAAAUUCAGUGAUAAAGGAUCUUACAGAAGAGCUAGCCAACUCAGAGAAAGUGGGAAAACAGAUGGAAAUGAACUACCAGGCUGAAAUUCAACAGCUUACAAGGGAUGUAGAAUCAAUCACUCAAGCUCAUACUGAGAAAGAGCAGGAGCUCAAGGACCGGGAGUUGAUUUUAGAGACGGUGGAGUCUCAGUUUGACAUUGACCACCUCAAACAUCAGACUUUGAAAAAUCAAAUAACAGAGCUUUUAACCCAAAGAAAACAUCUUGAGGUCUCCAUUGAGGAGGUCACAAAACAGACUGCUGCUCUUCUACAACCAAAGGAAGAUCUGAAAAGAGAGCUGAUGACUUUGAGGGCCAAGCAUAUGGAGAUGUUAACUGCUAAUGCUGCAGUGAUAAGUGAAGUCGAAAAAAGCAUCUAUAAGAAUAAGGUCAUGUUGGAGCAAGUUACGAUGGAAAACAGUCGCCUGCAUGUGUGCAUUGAACAAUUGAAGGAGGAAAUAUUGGAUGCAAAGAAAGAAAAGGAAACAUACAUGCAGGAGGCAGAAUGGAUGAACGAGGAAGUGCAGUCCCUCUUCAAGACUCUAACAGACACCUGGAAAACAGAUACUUUGCUUACUGAGGAAUCUGCAAAUCGUGACCGAAAGAUUGUGGAGAACAUAUACAACCUCGUAGUGAGAAUUCAAGAAAGAAAACAUCACAUCAGCGACAUCAACAACAGACUGGAGGAGGAGUUAGUAGGCAUGGGCUCUGUGUUAAAGCCAAAAACACUUAAGACUUUACAUUAAUAUGGAACAAUACCUUCUGACAACUAAAAGCUAGAGACAGGUUUUAAAUAUUUUAUCAUUAAAAAUGUCUGAUAACAGAAAGUAGGAUACUAAGCUUUCUUUUGUUAAACUAACAACGAGCAAAAUAUUUUUUUUUUUACACGUAUUAAUCUUUGUUAAUUAUAACGUCUAUGCAAAAAUCUGUCACAGUUUAUUCAACAAGUCAAACAAAACUGACAAACAUUCAUUUUCAUAGGUCUGAUGGCCAUGAAUGUAAUUCACCACCACGUAUAACAUAACAUACUGCAUGUUGAAUAAAACUAUAAAACAUUAACAGCUCUAAUAAUUUUGUUAUAUUCCACACAUCACCGUAGAGCUUAUAAAUAUGCAUCCUUAAGAGAAAUCUUUAGUCAAGUUGUAAGGAUAAGUGUCAGAGAGCACUGGAAACUACAUAAUCUUUUUUUCGCAAUACAUGCACAUUUACAUAUCGAGAAGCAAAACAAUCAUAGAACGCCACAUGCUAAUUUGUCACAACAUACCUUUUAUAGUGUUAAGCUUUUAUCCAUGCAUGAAAAAAAGCGUAAAUACAUACAAUUAUAUUUGGCACAAAGUUUGUCAUGACAAUGAUUAACAUUAAAUUAGGGUUUUCAGGGAAUUCACAGGCCAGCUGUUUCAUAUUUAACACGAAAAAUAUAUUGUACAUUACAACAAAUUUCUGAUUUGCAUCCAUUCUUGACAACAGAUACAAAUCACAUAAAAAUGUACCAAACCAAAAUGUAAAUAAGUCAUAUAUAUACUUAAGUUACUAUACAUUUACAAAAACAGUGACUACUGCCUUUCAAAAUUCGCUUUCAGGACUCCGUUAGGAAAAAAAAUAUUCUACAUAAAGCAUUUCAUUUGAUCUCUGUUCAAUA